AUGGCCAAGGCGGGUCUGCUGGAGAGCAGUCUGCUACUCUUGGCCAUAGCAGCCUCAUGGGUGAGUGUGGCUCAGCUGGCGAGAGCUGCUGAGGUGGAUACACUUCAGCUUCAGCAUCACUCCGUGGUGCCUUUGGUGACCUGGGCGAAUGCCACAGCCUGGAUGGUCUUAGCACUGCCCCACAUGGUCAGGCGGAAGCAAGACCAUGCCACGGGCUGCCAGCUCUUGGAGACGACCGCUUUUCAGGCCUGGCAUCCACCGCGCUUCUUAUUCAUCGCUUUGACCACCAACUUCUCUUACAUUGGGGCUUUACAUUACCUGCCGGCCUCACUCAACACGGCCAUCUUCAGCAGCAAUCCGGUCUUCACGCUACUGCUCCAAAGUGUCUUUCUGUCUGAGGGCACGAAGAAGACGGAGCGAUUUCCGUCGAAGGUUUGGUCAUCCUUGUGGACUGGCAAGGCGAGGCAACGGAGGGGGGCGGUCACAGGCAUCGUCGAUCGAAAACGAACUCGAACAUUGAGCCCUAACCAGCAGGAUCCUGGGCGCCGGCUUUUCGCUCUUCGCCGCCUUGGGCACCUCGAUCUACCAGGUCUACUUCAAACGGGUCUUCGGUGA